UGUUCUGACCACCACCCAAACGCUCCCUUUCUCACCCUUUGCAUCUCUCUCUCUCGCUCUCUCUCUCUCUCUCUGCAAGUGUUCUCUGUAGCUGUUUCUGAAACCCUAGAUUCCCCCGACCUCCUGAAUCCCCAAUUACCUUGGCAACUUUCCUUUGUACCUUCCUCCCUUUCUCGAUCGCGCUCUCUCUCUCUCUCUCUAUAUAUAUCUUCGGGACUCCAAUCCAGUGUGUGGGUGUUUGUUUGUCUACUUUGAUUAGAUCCUCCCUCCCUCUCUCUUUCUCUCUCGCUCGCUCUAUCAAUCUGGUUACGCAUUAAACUUUCGAUGGGGGAAGGCAAGCUCGAUCUACCGGACGAUCUCAUCUCAUCCAAGCCGUCCGAUCACUCCUGGACCUCCAAAGUGGAAGCUUCUGGAGGGAAUGAAGAGGAAAAGGGGCUUAUGGGGUUCCUUGACGUGUCAAAAGAUCAAGUGGCAUCAGAAAGCAGCAUACCUCUGUCUCCCCAGUGGCUUUAUGCCAAACCAACUGAGCCUAAGAUGGAAAUGCGUGCUCCAACUUCUGCGUCUCUUGGAAACUCAACUGACCUUAAUCCGAAAGAGGGUUGGCGUUUGGAUGGAUCAGAGGACAGGAAAGAUUGGAGAAAGACUGCCACUGACAGUGAAAGUAGCCGUCGCUGGCGUGAAGAGGAAAGAGAAACUAGCUUACUCGGUGGCAGAAGAGAUCGUAGGAAGGCAGAACGCCGUGCCGACAAUGUCUCAAUCAGAGAAGCAGGUGAGAGUAGAGCAUUGCCUACCUCUGAUCGGUGGCAUGAUGGUCGUAAUUCUGGGCAUGAAACACGCCGUGAUAGCAAAUGGUCAUCUAGAUGGGGCCCUGAAGACAAAGAUAAGGAUUCCCGAACUGAGAAGAGGACAGAUGUAGAAAAGGAGGAUGCUCAAAAUGAUCAUCAGCCUUUUGUAAGUAGCAACCGUUCAGCUUCCGAGCGUGACUCAGAUUCUCGUGAUAAAUGGAGGCCACGCCAUAGACCGGAGGUUCAUUCUGGUGUUUCAAAUCCCAACCGUGCUGCACCUGGAUUUGGACUUGAGAGAGGACGGAUAGAAGGUUCAAACGUGGGAUUUACCCUUGGACGAGGAAGGUCAAAUGUUAUUGGGAGAGGUUCAUCUUCUGGUCCCAUUGGUGCAGUUUAUUCUGACAGAAGUGAAAGUGUCCUUGGGAGACUGAGCAACUCUGUUGGUUCUUUUUUGUACCCAAGAGGAAAGCUUCUUGACAUAUAUCGGAGGCAAAAGCUUGGUCAAUCUUUUACUAGCGUGCCAGAUGAGAUGGAGGAGUUACCUCCUAUUACUCAAAUAGGCAUUAUUGAACCAUUGGCUUUUGUCGCCCCAGAUGCUGAUGAGGAGGCCAUCCUUGGUGACAUAUGGAGGGGAAAGAUCACAAACAGUGGAAUGGUGUACAAUUUGUAUAGAAAGGGGAGAUCAACUGAAAACUUUACAGGUGUUGAAGACUUAGACUUGACUGAGCAAAAUCAGGGCAUCCUGCUCACAUCUCUCAAUGAAGGGGUUCUUGAUACUUCACGAGAAGCUUCAAUUGAUGAUCCAUAUCAAACUGAUGGUGGUGCGAUGUUGAAAUAUGGCUUGCAGAGAAAUAUGGUAGAUGAAGAUAAACUUACUGGAGCAAUUCCUCGGUUGGAUGAUGGAUUGACCCCAAAACUUUCUGAAAGUAAUGGUGUCCAUGGUGCCAUAGAGAUUGAUGGUGCUCAGCGUGGUGCUCCUCCAAUCAAUAUUGGUGAAAGAUGGCAGAUGACAGAUUCUGACAUUAACAAGCCUGCUCAGUCUGAUGCCAAUAAGUUUUCCACUUCAUAUGACAUCAGAUCCAAGUUUCCUGAUAAUUCAAGUUCUCUCUUUGGUUUGACUUCUCCUGAGCAUAAUCAAAGUGGCAGCAUUGACACAAAUGAUUUAGAAAGGGUAACUCCGCCUGAGGAGUUAAGUUUGUACUACAUUGAUCCUCAAGGGGUGAUGCAGGGACCAUUUGUUGGGGCUGACAUUAUUUUAUGGUUUGAACAAGGAUUUUUUGGGACAGAUUUGCCAGUUCGCAUGGCAGACGCUCCCGAGGGAACACCUUUCCAAGAAUUGGGCAAAGUAUUGCCUUAUCUGAAAGUCAACGACGGUUAUGCCAUUAGCACGAAACCAAACCCUAACUUAGAGCAUUGUGGACAGUCAGAUGCUAGUUUACCUGCUCCUGUUUCUGUUUUGGAAAGUAAUUCAUCUGCAGGAAAUGACUUGUGCCAGCCAUUGUCCGAGUUUGAUAGCAUUUCAGCUCAGCAUGUUCAGUCAAGAGUAUCUGAGCCUGAGGUUACACUGAAGCUGCAACAUUCUGAGGGUCAAAGUUUUCCUAAGUUUGUUACACAAGAAGAAGAAAUUGUAUUUCCAGGAAGACCUGGAAACACCGGAUAUUCUAUUGCAAAAUCUAGUGGGAGCAAUCAUCAUUCUUCAGAAAAUUCUUUCGCUCAUCCUUCUCUUCCAAACGAAUUGACAGAACCUGGUGUACUAAAUCAAAAUGAUAAUAAGUUGCACCCGUUUGGCUUGCUCUGGUCUGAGCUUGAAGGUCAUUCAAAACAUGCAAAGUCAUCUGUUACGUCGAACAUGGGACGGGCUGCGCCAUUUGGUGCUAUGGCUGAUCCAGCUCUUCCUACAGAGACUUGGUCUGAUGUUUAUAGAAAAAAUACACUUCCUGACCCUAGCAUGUAUCAAGAUGCCAUGGCUGCUCAUCAUUUGUCACGCAGGGAGCAGGAAUCCAAUCAUUUUGACUUAGCAGAGCAGCUUAUGGCACAACAAUUUCAGCAGCAGCAACUUCAACAGAGAAAUCUGCUGUCUCAUGCGCACAUAAAUGAAUCGGUUUUAGAACAUGUGCCUAGUCAGAAUCUUAUACACCACCCGCAAUUGGCCAAUUGUUCUGCACCAGAUCUGGAUCACCUUUUGACACUUCAGUUGCAACAGCAGCGACAGAUUCAGCUCCAACAACAUCAUCAAUUGCAGCAACAACAGCAGCUUCAUCAACAGCAAAAGCUUUUGCAGGAGCAACAGCAAUCUCAAGCCCGGCAGGUGCUUCUUAAACAAUUGUUACGCAAUCAAUUACAUGAUCAAGGGCUUGUGCAGUCGCAUAUUGAUUCUAUCAGAGCCAACAGUGUUCUUGAUCAGGUUUUAUUGGAACAACACCUACACGAACUGCAACAACAGUCUCACCAUCCUUCGAGGCAUAUUGAUCCUUCUUUAGAGCAACUUAUACAAGCAAAAUUCAGUCACAUGCCACAACAAGAUCAUCAGAGAGAUUUAAUUGAGCUUAUACAUGCACAGCAUGCACAGCAUGGACAGAUGCAGUCACUGGAGCAGCAGCUUUUUCAACAAGACCAGCUGCAGGCCAGGCAGUUAAUGGGAUUGAGGCAGAGGACCGGCAUCGAAGGAGAGAGGCAUAUUGGUUCCAUAUGGCCACCAGAUGAAUCUGAUCAAUUUCUCAGGAGUCAUGCUGGUUCUCACCGAGCUCAUUCUUCAGGGUUUGGCCCAUUGGAUGUCUAUCAGCGGCAACAGAGGCCAUCCCGCGAGGAGCAGCUGAGUCACCUUGAGCGGAAUGUUUCAUUUCAGGAGCGCCUUCGGCAAGGGUUUUAUGACCCUGGAUCCAUGUCAUUUGAGCGUUCAAUGUCUUUGCCUGCUGGCACUCCAGGGAUGAAUCUGGAUGUUCUAGCUAUGGCCCGUGCUCAUGGUUUAGAUAUGCAAGAGCCAAAUACACUUAUGCAAUCUGCUACUCAAGCGGGUACAUUUUCAUCUAGUAUCCACCCGCAUAAUUCCCACAAUCCUUUGGUUCCGAAUCAAUUUCAUGUUUCACAAUUGGAUGCAAAUGAGGGCCACUGGUCUGAGAACAAUGAGCAGCUAGAGAAUGACUGGAGGGUGUCUCGGAUUGAACAAAUGCAUAUUAAUGCUGAGCGUCAGAAAAAGGAGUCAGAAGCCAAAAUGACUUCUAAAGAUGCAACUUUAUGGAUGUCAGAUGGAUUCGAUGAUGAGAAGUCAAAACGAUUGUUGAUGGAAUUGCUCCAUCAGAAAUCAGGCCUACAAUCUACCGAGCCAUUAGAUGCAGGGAAGGAAACGAGGGCGCCAUCUGGCCUCUAUGCUGGGUCAAGCUCCUCUGAUAAUGCAUUCAGUGUUCGCAUGGACCAAGAAGCAGUUCUGGCUAACUCAUUUGCAGUAGGGUCUUAUGGUUCUCAUUCAUUUGAACCACCACUGCAGGAUGAGGGGGGCUGCAGCUUGGUCAGCAGUGAAACAAUGCCUUUUAGGUCUGAUUCUAUUGCCUUGAUUGAGGGAGAGUCACACUUGGCAGGCAUCAAUGACAUUGGUCAGGCAAUUUACAAAAACUCUAACACGAUCAGCAAGUCAUCUAUGAGCAAUGAGUUUUCAGAGGCUGAGGGGAGGAAGUAUGGGCCCCAAAGUGAGGGUAUGGUGAAGGGUCCAGUUUUUGAGAUUCAAGAAGGUGCGGUGGAGCAAGCUGGUUUGGCCGCUCUGGAUCGUGGGCAGAUUUCAUUUAAUGCCCUUAGCAGGCAAUCAUCAAUUGGUGGGAAAACGGGCUUCUACAAUGACAAGAUUGGAACUAACAACUCAUUUGUGGAGGAAGUUUCCAAGGAGCGGGUUCCUGCUCCAUCCAAAGGGCCAGAGAACAUUUUGCUGAGACGUCCUCCUGUCUCCCACACUUCCUCCUCACAGGAAGGAUUGUCUGAGCUCUCAGAUCCAGUUACGAGGGGGAAAAUUCCGAGUGGUGUUGCUGACGGUUCGGACACCAUGGCAGCUGGAAAGAAAGACAUGCGAUUCCGGCGUACUUCAUCUUGCGGUGAUGCUGAUGUUUCAGAGGCAUCAUUUAUAGACAUGCUGAAGAGUAAUGCGAGGAAGGCAGGGCCGGCAGAGCCUCAGUCAAUGGCAGGAUUUUCGGAGGCAACAGAUGGGUCACAAGGGGGACGAAGUGGCAAAAAGAAGGGGAAAAAAGGAAGGCAAAUUGAUCCUGCUCUCCUUGGUUUCAAAGUCACCAGCAAUCGCAUCAUGAUGGGUGAAAUUCAACGCAUAGAGGAUUAGCCCAUUUGAUUUGUAUAUUCUUUUUUUUUUUUUUUUUUUUUUCUUUUUGAAAAGUUGUAUAGGUUCAAAAGCCCUUGGUUGAGAGCGCCUGCCAAUGCAAAUUCUUUCAUUCUUACGUUACGUAAAGUGUAGUGAUAGGGUAAGAGUUCUGUACAUAAGAUUUAUAAAAGAAAAUAUUCCAUUUUAUACA